ACUGUUCUUAUCUCAAAUUGCAUUUCCACGUCAGGUUCAUUAUCAGUUUGUAUCCAAACAUAUUGUAGAAAUGCUGCCGCGCUUAGUCAUCCUGGCACUGGGAGUCCUGGCCAGCAGCCUCCAGCUGUCGCAGGCAGACUCCUCUCCCGAGGAGGAGCAGGGCGUCCGCUAUGCCAAUCGGUGUGAGGCCUGCAAAAUUCUAGCCGCGGAACUGGAGGGACGGCUUGGUGAGACCGGCAAAUCGCACGACGUGAUCGAGACGGGGUACUCUGUGGACGAUGUACGGCCCAAGAAGCGCACCGAGUACCGCCGAAGCGAACUCCGCCUGCUGGAGUCCUUGGAGAAUGUCUGCGAACGCGUCCUGGCCUACAAUCUGCACAAGGAGCGAACGGACAGCACCAGGUUCGCCAAGGGCAUGUCCCAGACAUUCCAGACCCUGCAUGGCCUCGUCGACAAGGGUGUCAAGGUGGACCUGGGCAUACCCUACGAGCUGUGGGACAAGCCCCCCGUCGAGGUCACCCAAAUGAAGACCCAAUGUGAGAACAUGCUCGAAGAGUACGAGGAGACCAUCAGUGACUGGUAUUUUAAGCUGCAGGACCAAAAGUCCCUGCGGCAGCAUCUCUGUGAGGAUCACGUGCUGAAGAAAAAGGCCGAACGCGAGUGCCUCAAAGAAGAGCUGGCCCCGCCACAGCCGCAGCUGCAGCCAAAAAAUAAGCCCAAAAAAGGAGACAAUGAGGAGCUGUAGAGCAGAACCAGUGACACGAGAUUACCGCCCUGAGAUCUGUCUGUCUAGUGCAGAGUUAAGAACAAAGAAAAAGUGUUUUUCUUUUAGAUUUUAAGUAGACUUACUUGUCGUCUGUUCUUUGUGUGAAAGCAACUUCCAAUUCGUCUGAGCCACAAAAUGUUACUGAAAAUUUAGCUCAGUGGCCGAGGGCCUAUUGAUUUGGCGCCGGCAAUUAAAAGUUGAGUGACCUGAAAGGAGGUCGUUCACACCAAAUGGCAAUGGGUG